AUGAAACGUUCUGCACAAAGUGCACUCGAAGGUUCUCGCAAGCGAUCUGCUCCUACACGCCCCUCUCCCAAUACCUUCGUUCACAGAAGGAGCGUAACGGAGCUACAUGGUGCUGAGGACGAAGGCUACAUCGUCGCGCGUAUUAUUCGGUUUUUUGGCAAGCUCAGGACUUACAAGCUAUCCGUCCCUAAUGGAGAUGAGCACGACUCUACUCUCAAUGCUACUGUUCUUGACCUCCAACUCGAGGGCACAUGGUGCAACCGGAUUGAACUGCUAGUGCAGGAUGAGCUGCAGAUCUCACUGAAGGGCGCUGAAAUCAUCAAACCCAAAAACCCACAGAAUCAUAUUACUCUAAAGUAUAGCAACGGAAUUGCUGUUAAAAUUCUUCAUCGGCCAGGUUCGUCUCAAGACAGCAACAAGUUCAUAGAAGCCUGGCAAGUCAAGAAAUCGCAACUCAAAGUUAAUAGCAUAUAUAAAGGUAUUCAGGAGAAGGCAGAUGGCUUUGACUGGUAUGAUACCCCGCCCGUGCCGGCAGUACCCCCGAAUCUUGGCGGCAACGAGUCCGAUGCCACAGCCAUCGACCGCGCUUCACCAAACUCGACACGCUCUUCUACUGUGGUCUCUCUCUCUUCUCCUAUUGAAACAUCCUCGACGAGCCAUCAAGAGCUGGUCGCUAGCGUUCGAAACGCCCCGCCUACAUCGACGAACAACGCUACUACUAGAGAAGUCAUCAUGGCACACACCGAGUACUCGCCUGAACCACCUUCCUGCAGAGUGACUCCUACCGAUGCUGCCCUUGCAAAGCCAAGAUUUACUCCUGCAGAUGCUACCUCUCCCAAGUUGGAUCCACCUUUGACGAAUGCUUCGCUUAUGGCUGGGCCUUUAGUCUCUGUUGCACACCGUUCUGAGACCCCUAUGCUAGCCAACGGGCCUCCGGCAGAUGGUCGUAUUUUAGGUCCCACUUCGACUGUAAAGCCGACUGUGUCGGGCGCUCAAUACGCACUGGAGCACACUGGAGCGCGACAGGAGAUCGCCCGCAGCAAGAAAUCGAAAAACGAAAAAAGAGCGGAUAGGAAAAAACAGAAGCAGCAAGCGCACGUCUCUACAGCAUCGGAAUUAUCUUCGUUACCGCGUCCCAUUCCUUCAAUUGCAGACCGUGUCCCAAUCUCUGUGUCAGACAACACGUCUUCCCGUUCGGAAAUUGCUAAUCGCGCGCCUCAUGAGGAUUCAAAAUCUAAUCUUAUUCCUUCAGGGUCUACAGCAACCCUAGAAAGCAAAAAUCCAAUACUGUCUAUGAAAGCCGGUUUGAGAGCCGAAGCGGGAUACUAUACCCCGAUGGCCAACAUUGAGAACGGAAAGCUUGUCUCAAUUAUCGGCGUCGUCACAUCUGCACGAGAGAUACUCCAGACGUUCAAAGGCGACUUCUCGCAGUGUCUCACCUUAUUAGACCCGUCCAACCUGGAUCAGUUCGGUGGCUACUUGCAUUUACCCAGGAGUGGUGCAAAGGUCAACUGCUUCAUGAAGCUUCGCAGAGAAUGGCUUCCAAUGCCAGAUGUCGGAGAUGUUAUCAUAUUGCGGAGCCUGAGGGCUUCUGAGUUUAAUUAUCAGAGUACCUUGACCGGGUUCGCUGACAGAUUUCAAUGGGCGAUCUACGAUCCACUGACCGGCCUGACGAAACCUGUGAUUACAAGUAACGAUGGCGGUAGCCAAAAUGGCCUUUAUUCACCCAUUUGGACGCCUUGUGCGCUGGAGCUUUCCUACUGCGCGCGACUGGCUAGUUGGUGGAAAGCAGUGCAGGAGGAGCGGAAACUUGUUCAAGGCCAGGAGAUACAGAUCGGUGGAGGUGAUGUGCAAGCUCCUAUGAGCAUGUCGCACACCGGUGCAAGACAGCAUCGACUUAUUCGUGACGCGGACCCGAGGGCUCCCCCAAGUGGCUACUUCGACUGUACAGUGGAGAUUCUAUAUUGUCACUCAAACGACAAUGGCCCGCACAGCGUAUAUGUGACCGACUACACCGCAAAGGAGGGGACGUACCAGAACGUGGCAAACUGGUGUCCCGCAAAUCUUUCCAACCAGGUUUUAAAGAUCGAGAUGUGGCAUCAAGCAGCCACGCUCGCUCAGAGUAUGCAACGGGGCCAAUACUGGUUCAUAGGUAACGUACGGAUGAAGAUGAGUACGGGCGGAUUUCUCGAAGGCACUUUCUCUGAGACCCGGAAGGCUGAGAGGCUGGAUGAGGAUCAAGCAGAUCAGAUACCAACGUUAAAGGCGCUCCUAGAGCGCAAGAAGGCAUGGAACGAGACCAACACCAGUCCUCACCAAUUUACUCACAAACUCUUGAGCGAAAUUUCGGUGACAGAAAUCUUCGACUGUACUGUUGAGUUACUCCACGCAGACUAUGAUUCAACCGGAUUCUCCACCAUAUACGUGACCGAUUACACUACCAGAAAAGACCUUCAACGACCUCCAACUGCUCAUUGGGUAAAACAUAGCGAGGACCAAAUCGUUACAAUAGCUCUGAGGGAUAGCCAAAAUGCCAUAGCUGAAAACAUGGAGCCAGGCUGUUUCUAUCAUAUUGCCCAUCUGAGGUUGAUGCCGAACGCGACGAAUCACAGGCUUUUUGGCAAGCUGGGGGGGCGCGACCGACUGAUCUCGCAACUUAACGCGAAGAGUAUCGAUAACAAGGAUCUGAUGGCGCUACUCGAACGGAAGAAAUCAUCUGCCACUGCGUCCAGCAUAAAGCCACUUCCUUCUAUACCAUCCAAUAAGAAUAAAUCAGACGGGUUCAGCAGCAUCAAAGAGGUUGUGGCCAGCGAUCGGUGUCCUGGUAGAUUCCGGAUACAGGCCCGAGUUGUCGACUUUGCGCCGUUGGAUCUGAAGGACUGCUCCAUCAAGUAUUGUGCAAAUUGCCGCACCAAGAUUCCUACAACUCGCCGUGCAUGCACGACCUGCAACGAUACCCUGAAAAAGCACGUUGUAUGGAUCAUCAAGUUGUUUUUCCGCUUGCGAGAUGAUUAUGGCGAUGAACUCGUGGUUGCUGUCGACGAAACCUGGCCGAUCUUUGCGGGGCUUUCUCCAGUCGAUUAUAGCGAGGAUUCUGAUGCUCUCGAGGAUAUCAUCAAACGCAUGAGACCGUACAUUGGCAAUCUCAUCGAAGUCCACGAAGCAUUCUUCCGAAAUGAAGAAAUUCCACUUAAAACUUCGCCAUACGAGCUGACCGUCGCUAGCUGGUUAAUCCCUGAUGGCAAGGAAGAAAGGGCUUACGGGCUCAAGUGA